UUCACCACUCUCUCACCGUUCCUUCUGCAGAACACUAAGCCAUGGCCGCCUCCACCUCCAUUCUCCUCUCUUUCUCUCUUUGCUUGCUCCUCUUCUGCCACAUCUCUCGAGCCCAGUUUGGACUCGGCCAGCAGGGAGCAGGUGAACCAUGGGUGAGUGCGCGUCGCUACAGCCGCGUGAGCCAAUGCAGAAUCGAGAAGCUAAGCACCCUUGAGCUCACCCGACGUGUGCCCUCGGAAGCUGGCUACACAGAGUAUUUUGACCAGUACAAUGAGCAGCUGCAGUGCGUGGGCGUGGCUGCAUGUCGUCAUACCAUCCAACCGAGAGGCCUUCUCCUGCCAUCCUUUUCCAGUGCACCACGCCUCGUCUAUAUUGUGCAAGGAAGGGGAAUCAUUGGAACAGUGUUCCCCGGUUGCCCAGAGACGUUCCAAUCCUUCCAGCAAACCGAACAACAAUGGGAGCAGACGGCAGGAGGAUGUCAGAGGUUCCGAGACGAGCACCAGAGGAUCCACUACGUCCGUGAGGGAGACAUCAUCGCGUUGCCCGCUGGAGUUUCUUAUUGGGGCUACAACAAUGGCGAAGUAGCUGUCGUCGCGAUUACCACCUUCGACACAAGCAGCAGCGCCAAUCAAUUGGAUCGCCAGCAUAGGGAAUUUCUACUUGCUGGGAGGGAGAGACUAGUCGAGCAAGGUUCCCAAAUAGAAGUGAGAUUACAGCAGAUAAAGGGGAACAACCUGCUCAGCGGUUUUGAGCUCGAUCCACUGGCAGAGGCACUCGGUGUCGAUAGGGAAUUGGUGAGAAAAAUCCAGAAUCCCGACGACAGGAGGGGCGAGAUAGUCCUUGUCACGAGUGGGCUUCAGGUGCUACGAGCAUCACGGCAGAGUGAGGAACUGGUACGAGAAAGAGAGGUGAGACAAGAAUGCCAAGAGGGAAGGGGAUGUCAAUCUAAUGUAUUAGAGGCUUUCUGCACCAUGAAGAUAAGGCAGAACAUUGGAGACCCCUUGCGUGCUGACUACUUCAAUCCGCGCGCUGGAAGGAUCACCACCCUCAACAGCCAGAAGCUCCCCAUUCUAAGAUUCGUCCAAAUGAGUGCUGUAAGGGGACUCCUCCGCCCGAAUGCCAUCAGAUCACCGCACUGGAAUGUCAACGCUCAUAGCAUCGUGUACGCCUUGAGGGGAUACAGUCGGGUGCAGGUGGUGGGACAUCGAGGUCAGACCGUAUUCGUUGGAGAGUUCCGUCAGGGUCAACUACUUGUCGUUCCACAGUACUUUGCUAUGAUGUUCCAAGCGCAACGCGAGAGCUUCGAAUGGGUCUCCAUCAAGACCAACGACAAUGCCAUGGUCAACCAUUUCGUGGGGAAGACGUCGGCUCUCCGUGGCAUGCCGGUGGAGGUGCUGAUGAACUCGUAUUGCAUCUCUAGAGAGGAGGCCAUGCAGCUGAAGUUUAACCGUGGAAAUGAAUUGGCCCUCUUCACUUCUAAGAUCGAGAGGGAAGCGAUCAGAACUUCGGCGUAAUGUAAUGGAGAGUGUGGCUCGAGGCGAAUAAGGCUCGGGUUUCAUGGAUAGAAACCUUGGAGCAUGACUAGUUUGAAGUGAACAAAGGUUGUGGGCAACAAGAUGUGUGUAGCAUCAGCUCUCAACUCAAAUAAAUGGAGCUUUCUUCCUUCUUU